AAUCAGGAAACUCGUACGUAUUCACGUCUGCUCCUCCUUAGAUUGUGUUUUUUCUUCUUGGUUCUGUGUGUGCUUGUGGUUCUGGUUGUGAGUAGACAUCUCUAGUUCGGGCUCCAGCAGCAGCAGCUGGUCCUCGUCCAUCCAUGGCUAAUUCAACGACUGUUACCAAUAAUGGAAAUAACGGAGCUGGAAAGGCUGGACCCCACCCGGACUACACGGCCUUCGUUCUGGUGCCGGUUUUCUUCCUGCUGGGCCUGCUGGGGGUGGUGAUCUGCCACGUGUUGAAGAGGAAGGGCUACCGCUGCACCACGGCCCAGGAGGAUGAAGACCAGAUCGAGGACGAAUACAAGGAUCCUGAGCUGGGUGGAGAGCUGAAUGACACCGUGAGUGACAACGAUACAGUCGGACACAUUGUCCAGUACAUCAUGAAGAACGAAGCAAACUCAGACGCCCUAAAAGCCAUGGUGCACGACAACAGCAUCGACUCGGACGGAGGAGUGAGUGCGGUACGUGAGCACGUGCAGCGCUGCUUUGGCCCUGACAUAAGGAGAGGGGAAGGAGUCGGAUUGGAGGAGGAGGUUCCUGUGACUGUAGACGAGUCAAAUCCUCCGCUCACCCCCACCUCCCUCAGCCCUUCCACCCCCCCGUCCACCCCUGUAUCGCCGGGGGCUCCGCCUGGAGCGGCCAAGCACACCUGCAACCACCUGCACACCAUCGGGGGCCCCGGGGGCCAGAAGAACAUCUGCACCCGCUGCAGCCAGAAGAAAUGGCCGCUGAUCAGGAAGCCGUCGGCCCGCAAGGCAGAGCAGCGCCGCAGUCACUACGGGGAGGUCACGGUCCUGUCUGUGGGCAGGUUCCGCGUGACAAAGUGUGAAAAACCCGCCAAGGAGCGGCGGACUCUGUUAAUAACAGACUCCAACGGCAGCGUCCCCUCCACGCCCACGGAGACGGAACCGCACAGCCGAACCGUGUCCGAGUCCCAGCAGGAGACAAAAGACGACUUGGACAAAGAGAAAUGACGGAGUUCCAGCUUCUCAACGAUGGAGGAGAAGCAACACCUGGGCACUUUUUUUUUUAAGACAAAAUGAGACGGGGGGGGGGGGGGGGGGGAGAGA